AUGGCAUCCACAGGCCAGACACCACCUGUAGCCUCCACUAGCCAGACCCCACCCAUAGCCUCCACAAGCCAGACCCCACCUGUAGCCUCCACCAGCCAGACCCCACCCAUGGCAUCCACAAGCCAGACACCAACUGUAGCCUCCACUAGCCAGACCCCACCCAUAGCCUCCACAAGCCUCCAUCAUCGAGACUCCAGCUUGACCUCCAAAAGCCAGAGCCAACUCGAGUCCCCAACUGUAGUCUCCAGCAGCCAGGCCCCACCUGUAGCUACCACCAGGCAGACCCCACCUGUAGCCUCCACCAGCCUGACCCCGCCUGUAGCCUCCACCAGCCAAACCCCAGGUGUUGCCUCCAACAGCAAGACUCAGGAUGUAGCCUCUAACAGCCAUACCCCACCUGUAGCCUCCACAAGCCAGACCCCAACUGUAGGCUCCAUCAUCGAGACUCCAGCUCUAGCCUCCACCAUCCAGACCCCAGCUGUAGCCUCUACCAGCCAGAUCCCACCUGUAGCCUCCAUCAGCGAGACUCCACGUGUAGCCUCCACCUGCCAGACCCAACCUCCUACAUCAGCGGGACUCCAUGGGCCAGCUGUAGCCUCCACCAGCCAGACCCCAUCUGUAGCCUCCACCAGUCAGACCCCACCUGUAGCCUCCACCAGCCAGACCCCACCUGUAGCCUCCACCAGCCAGACCCCACCUGUAGCCUCCACCAGCCAGACCCCAACUGUAGCCUCCAUCAGCGAGACUCCAGCGGUAUCCUCCACCAGCCAGAUCGCAACUGUAGCUUCCAUCAGCGAGACCCCAAAUGUAGCCUGCACCAGCCAGGUCGCAACUGUAGCCUCCAUCAGCGGGACUCCAUGGGCAAGCUGUAGCAUCCACCAGCGAAACUCCACCUGUAGCCUCCACCAGCCAGACCCCACCUGUAGACUCCACCAGCCAGACCAUUUUUUAAAUUGA